CACAAUCAGCACUUGUUUACAGAGAGGUAUGGACAAUAUGUUGCAGUUUAUGAAACUUAUUGGUCAGCUAAAGCGUGUGCCACGCACGGGCUGGGUGUACAGAAAUGUGAAACAACCGGAGAGCGUUUCAGAUCACAUGUACAGAAUGUCCAUGAUGGCUCUUACGAUUGAAGAUCGCAACCUCAAUAAGGACAGGUGCAUGAAAUUGGCCCUAGUUCAUGAUAUGGCAGAGUGCAUUGUGGGGGACAUUGCCCCUGCAGACAACAUAAGCAAACCAGAGAAACACAGGAGAGAGAAGGAGGCCAUGGAACACUUGACAGGACUACUAAGUGAUGGUCUUCGGAAGGAAAUUUACGAUUUAUGGAAUGAGUACGAGACGCAGUCCAGCCCCGAGGCCAAGCUGGUAAAGGAGCUGGACCAGCUGGAGAUGAUCCUGCAGGCCCACGAGUACGAGCAGCUGGAGGGCACGCCAGGACGCCUGGAGGAGUUCUUUACCUCCACCCGUGGCCGCUUUCACCACCCAGAGGUGCUGCGAUUGGUGGAGAGCUUGAAUGACGAGAGAGCAAGGCACAUGGGUAAGGGGGAGGCUGAGCAACCAGCAGCAGCAGCAACACAGGAGAAAACGGACACUUCAACAAACACACCAUCUAGCUCCUCAUGACUGACAUACGCCUCAAAUCCUCCACUGGACUGAUAUGUUUGUGUGUGCCUGCGCUCAACCCCCUCAUAAUGUCACUAUUUGGAACACACUGUGAUGCGUACGGUGAAUUGUAAUUGAGUUGUCAUACACAUGGUGGUGCUGCAACUCAAAUCAACAAAAUAUAAAUAAAGGGUGAAAGAGUAACUAUUUGUAGUAAGGUUGAACCCUUACAAUUUCUGAGCAAAUGUCACGAUUUACCUCAGGCAACUUGGAGAUGAUGAUGGAUAAUCCAAGCUGCCAAAAGAAAAUAAGUGUCUAUUCAGAAAUAGAUGCAAUAGACUUAGCACCACAUUAAAGUCAUUACUUGAAAUGUUGCAUUUUAUUGUUAAUUAAUCAUCUAAACAUGACAGUUCUAGUUUUUAAAUGCAUGUCAGCAGUAUUUGAAAAAGUAUUUCUUUACCUUUUCUUUAUUUGUAUUUGUUAUUGUGGUUAGAGUAGGCAUCACAAAGUUCUGUGUUGCCUUCAGUAUAGUGGUUUGUUUUUGUUUUUCUUUGGAUAUUACCAAACUGUUAACUAUAAAUAUUUGUAUGUUUCUUUUUAAACCUUGAUCUUUUUAAGUUUUCCCUUCUGAAUACAAAUGCAAGAUUCUGAAAAAGUCA